GAGUUGCUUUCCGACACUGUAACCUCAAUGGAACGUGGGAUUUUAUGUACAGUUUAAAUAAAACAUGGGCUAAUUAUUCAGACUGCCUUCGUUUUCUGCAUCCAGAUAUCAGCAUAGGAAAGCAAGAAUUCUUUGAACGCCUCUAUGUCAUGUACACAAUCGGAUAUUCGGUCUCCUUUGGUUCCUUGGCUGUGGCUAUUCUCAUCAUUGGUUACUUCAGACGAUUGCAUUGCACUAGGAACUAUAUCCACAUGCACUUGUUUGUGUCUUUCAUGCUGAGAGCUGUAAGCAUCUUUGUCAAGGACAAAGUGGUCCAUGCUCACAUAGGAGUAAAGGAGCUGCAGUCCCUGUUGAUGCAGGAUGACCUACAAAAUUCCAUAGAAAUGCCUUCUGUGGACAAAUCAAAAUAUAUUGGGUGCAAGAUUGCUGUUGUGAUGUUCAUUUACUUCCUGGCUACAAAUUACUAUUGGAUCUUGGUGGAAGGUGUCUACCUGCAUAGUCUAAUCUUUGUGGCAUUCUUUUCGGACACCAAAUACCUCUGGGGCUUCAUCUUGAUAGGCUGGGGGUUCCCAGCUGCAUUUGUUGUGGCCUGGGCUGUCGCACGGGCAACUCUGGCUGAUGCAAGAUGCUGGGAACUUAGUGCUGGAAACAUCAAGUGGAUUUACCAAGCCCCAAUCUUAGCAGCUAUUGGGCUCAAUUUUAUUCUGUUUCUGAAUACCGUUAGAGUUCUGGCUACCAAAAUCUGGGAGACCAAUGCAGUUGGGCAUGACACAAGAAAACAGUACAGGAAACUGGCCAAAUCAACCCUGGUCCUCGUGCUGGUCUUUGGAGUGCACUACAUCGUGUUCCUGUGCCUGCCCCAUUCCUUCACGGGGCUGGGCUGGCAGGUCCGGAUGCACUGUGAGCUCUUCUUCAAUUCCUUUCAGGGAUUCUUUGUGUCUAUCAUCUACUGCUACUGCAACGGGGAGGUUCAGGCUGAGGUGAAGAAGUUGUGGAGUCGGUGGAAUCUCUCCAUCGACUGGAAAAGGGCGCCCCCCUGCGGCGGCCACAGAUACGGCUCCGUGCUCACCACGUUCACCCACAGCACCAGCAGCCAGUCGCAGGGGGCAGCCAGCGCUCGCUUGGUGCUCAUCGCAGGCAAAACCACCAGGACGGCCGGCCGCCAGCCCGACAGCCACAUGACUUUACCCGGCUAUGUCUGGAGUAAUUCGGAGCAGGACUGCCUGCCACGCACGAUCCACGAGGAGACCAAGGAAGGGAACGCGAGGCUGGGAGAGGAGAUUGCAAUGGUGGAGUCUCCCAGGCCCUUGGAAUUUAACCCAGGCCCGCAGGGAAGCAGAGGAGAAACCGAGGAUGUUCUCUGAGUCAACAUCUGUGACUUCGAAGAGUUGGUCCCUCUGGUUGUGUUAGGCGAGCUUGGCUGGCAUUCCUCUGCUUGAGCCCCAGAACUGAAAAUUCGGGGUUCAAAGUGUUACUUCACAGAGGUUUUCAGGUUGCAUGAAUUGGAUUCUAUAAAUAGUAAAGACACAAAAGGAGAAGUGUCAGUGGAGUAGUUUAUUACCUUCUUUUGGCAUUAAAUUCUCUUCUGAAUUGUUGUGUGGUACUUGCUCUGUGAUUGUUCAUUUUUUUCCUGCUACUUUUGGGUAGAAAACGUUUCAGUUGCUUGGCUCUAGUUUUCUCUCAUAAAAAUAUCGCUCUGGGUAUGAUAGAGAUCAUUCCAUAUGUGUCAUUUCCCUUUUAAGAAAUUAGCAGUCCUUUUCCUCAUUUUAAUGUACUUCUACCACUGCAUUCCUUUGGCCUGUGCAUAGGAGCAAUUAGGGUCUGAAAACAUACCUUGCACAAUGAAAGAGCUAAGCACAAGUACACACUGGGAAAAAAAAAGUGGCUGGACUUUGAUAAGAUAAUAAAUUUGUGAAAUAUCUGUUUCUUUCUAGAAACAAGGAAAAUUACUCCAAAUAGUACUGCACCUGUUCCUUCUUUGGAAUGGCUCCCCCAUGGCCAGCCAAAUCUCAGGUGUUCAGUCCUCCAUAAACAUGACAUGCCACCCGGUUUGUUCCGUCAGUGAGCUUGUGUCUGCAAACUGGUUCUGUUUGUAAUCCUGUGUACGGAUGGUAAGGCACGCUGCAUCAGGGCCUUUCUCGUCUUUGUUGUAUUAUUAUAUU